UGUAACUGCAGUGUGGUUUUUUUUGUUUAUACAACAACAAAUAGUCAGUGACUUCAACGAUACAUCAGUAAGUAUGUUUCCAAAACAAUAUAUCGGUUGGUGUUUGGUGGUAUUAAUAUCCACCAGCAGUCUAGUAUCCACUCUCACAUAUCCAAGUCAGGUAUAUGGAUCACAUCAUAUGGCAGUAAACAGUGAGCCAUGGAAACCAACUGUUGGAAUGCAAAUACCACGACAACAAGAGGGUCCAGUAUACCGAGGCGAACGAAAAUUUGCUGAAAAACCAAAUGCAUUAAAAAAAGUGGCGUUAGAUGAUAUUGAUGCAGAUAUUCAAACAAAUCAAAUUGGACAAGAAAGUGGAUUCUCUUGGUCAAAUAUGAUUGGUAUGAUUAUGCAAAUGUUAUUCAAUGGUGGAGGUAUUCAAGGACCAAAUAAAUCUGAUGGAUUAGACAAUGAGACAGGUUUGGCGCCAUCCCCAUGGGCAAAUCUGUUAUCAGUUGGUUUAAAAAUCAUUUCAGCUGUACUUGGUGUAACUGCUGGUACUGACAAUAACAUUGAUAAAGUUGACAAUGGUGGCUCAUCCCCAAUGCAGGGUAUUCUCGCAGCGGUUCUGAGUGCUGUAUUGGGAACAAGGGACCCCGAUCAAGUUGCUACAAUGGCUAAACAAGCCGGUGAGUUCAUCAAUAUUGUUGUAAACUUAUUGGAUGCAUUGAAAACAUCAUUUUCACACCGAUCAAUAGCUGCUCGGAAUCUUGGAAGAAAAGACACAAUGAGUGAUGCAGCAGUUGCCAGUAUUACAUUAUUAAAAGGAUACAUGAAGACAUUAUCAACAUCCGACGAUCAAUGUAUGCAAAUGUAUGUUUGUGAAGCAAACCGAGAAUGUGCACAUGAUAUUGGAAGUUCCAUGUUCUGUCAAUUUGGAACAUAUGCUGCCAGUUAUAUUUUAGAACGAUCAUCAAACAGCACAUUUGAUAACUAUUUCGAAGCAGGAAGACGUGGUCGAUCAGGCAACAAUUGUCGUCAAAGUUAUCACGAAUGUAAUGAAGUUUAAAAUAAUAAUUUUUAUUUAAUUUAA